GAGAUCAACCUCAACCUCGCUCCUCGAUCUGCCAUAGACGAGAUCUUUCUUGACAUGACCAACAAGGCCAUCUCUCGCGGACUCGGCCAGGCUGUAGCCGCAAUCGGAGGACGUCCACUUCGUGUCGCGACCAUGUGCUCCGGAACCGAAAGCCCUCUCCUCGCCUUGGAGAUGAUCCGAGAUUGCCUAACCCUCAUCUCGCCCGACCUGAAGCUUCAAGUGGAGCAUCUAUUCUCAGCCGAGAUUGUACCAUUCAAGCAAGCAUAUAUCGAGCGAAACUUCAACCCUCCCGUGAUUUUCCGCGACAUAACGGAAUUGACCAGCGUUGUACACGACGAAAGCCCAGAGGCUACAACUGCCUACGGCGGCAUGAUGGCUGUACCCAAAGAAGUUGAUAUGGUCAUUGCGGGCACGUCAUGCGUCGAUUUCUCCGGCUUGAACAACCGGCCGAAAGGUCUGGAAGAUGGCGGUGAAUCUGCAGACACGUGGAAUGCUGUGCUGUCUUACUGUAGAGCUUUCCGACCUGCGAUCGUCCUGCUGGAGAACGUCUUGGGUGCGAAUUGGGACAAGAUGCUUAAGGACUACGAAGGACUGAACUACGAGUGUAGUGGAGCGACUGUCGAUACUCGAUCAUACUACAUCCCGCAGGUACGCCAACGUGGCUACAUGGCAUGUUUCAACAAGAACGCCCCAGGAUUCACCGAAGGCGCAGCAAAGCGAUGGGUCGCCAACAUGACCGCCUUCCAGCGCGCAGCCAGCUCUCCGGUGUCUGCCUUCCUCCAGCCUAACGACCAAAUCAUCCGCCAGCAGAUUCGCAACGAUGAACCCUCUCGGGAAGUCGACUGGUCGCAGUGCGCCGUCACUCAGUCAGAAUAUCGGCAGGCCAAACGUCUUGGCUACGCCAGACCGAUCACGCACUGGUCUGAAAGCGGCUCAAUGCUUCCACCAGAUCACGGUCACCAAGCAUGGUUCCAGAAACAAGUCGAGCGCGUCCUGGACACUAUUGACGGAGCCGUGCUGAGAAAGGCUCUGCCUCCAGCCAUGUACGACGCUCGAUACAAGAGCCGCAUCUUUGAUCUCUCACAGAACAUCUAUCGGGAGACGGACCAUCGUCCUUUCGGCAUUGCUGGCUGUGUCACUCCUAGUGGCAUGUACUUUGUCACCGACCUCUGCCGUGUCCUUACCUCCGAAGAGAUGCUCAAGCUCCAAGGCAUUCCGCUAAGCAAGAUCUCCUUUACCACCGAAACACAAGCGGAGAUUCAAGAUCUUGCAGGGAACGCUAUGUCAAGCACGGUCAUCGGCUCCUCAAUCCUCGCUUCGAUCAUCGCUGGUCACGGAGCACUUGGUCAUGAAGCCGACAAGUCAACAUGUAACGUCGAGCCAACGCCUCCGGUGCGGCGCGUCCUUGUUGGCAAGGCCACCCGAGGGGAUAGCCAACCUCAUGCGGCGCUCGAUAUCCAAGCACUGCUCCGGAUCGCCGAGGCAUCUAUGCGACGGUGCUAUUGCGAGACGGAGUGUGGUAUCGCGGAGAAGCCUAUCCAGCAAUGCACCGACUGCGGGCACACGACCUGCACGUCCUGCGGAGGCAACCCUGCUCAUAACUAUAGGCAGCAAGACAGGGUCGAUCGCUUCCUACCGGCUACAUUUGAAGACCACGUCCGAUGCGCAAUGCCGCUCCGGCUGAAAUUGACGCAACUCGCGAUUCCAAUAACUAGCGAUGCUGCCUACGACGAAGCAUUCAAGCACGCGCUGCGAGACACGUUUACGUUCCAGCGUAUCCGACGAACUCACUGCUGGACUAUUUCCUAUCGAUCAACUGCGGCAAUCUUGGAACUCGUAGUUGGACGCAACGCAGAGUGGCGGCUCUAUGCCGUUCCGGACAAAGAAUUGCCAGGCAACAGCAAGCUACGGAGGCUUUUGCUGCAGCCUGUGGCAAAGAGUGUCGUUGCGGACACGCUCUGCCCGACUAAGUGGAUGUGCAGGACGCCAAAGAAGGCCAGCAGCAAAGUCACCCUUUCAGGUAGCGGCAGGCAGAUCGCAUCCUGGUGGUCGCGCAACGGGAUGCCGGACUUUGUGAACCAUCGAGUGUGGGAGUUUCUUACAAUCAAGAGUCACGACAAGCUUGUCAGCAGCCUGACCGGGAAAUAUCAAUAUCUCCCGCGGUGCGGCAAAGCGUGCGACUCGCUGUACAAGAAAGUUGUCGGAAGCGACGACGAGCCGACAUUUCUUUUCCUAGACCCGACUCAGACUGGAGAUCCGAACGACGACUCCUUCGUCUUUACGACCAACAUUGCGAUGCUUGAGCAGGAUGAGGUGCGCCCCAUCCUCGGUCGUAUAGCUGCUACAUGGCGACCUUGGCCGAACUCAGGCAACCUCGCGCUCAACGCCAAUGCGGAGAAGGCAGAUAUCGUGUUCGACGAGUCCUGGAAGCCGUCCACGGGCUCAUUCACUACUGUAGAGAGUCGGGUCGAGAUAUCCACAGCUAAGGACAGUCUUGCGGUGUCUUCAAGUUGUUCUGACUUAGAAGUGCUGGUGGCUUGCACCAUGCCAACAAGCGACGCUGGUAAUGUUUUGAGCGGUGGUCAUCUGCGAGGAUUCUUCAGCUCGAAAGAUGCCGAGUUCUUCAGAUCCCAUGCUUGGCUGUUCGAGGAGAUGCGCAGACAGCUGAGAAGCGUUGGUAGCGACUGGAAGGGCUUCCAGGACUUUGCCGUCCGGAAUCGCUGCCUGACUUGUGCGCCUGCGCGCCCGAAGCUGCAAUGGACCUGGGCCGACAACGGUACUGAUCUGAGGCCAUACGAGGACUCCAAGUCGGCAGCGCUCUAUGAGCGACGCAUCAAGGAUCGUCCUGAGCCCGUUUCGGUCAUUGUCGAUCGAGUACAGAGCGGCAAUGCGUACACGUUCAGCCUGGGCGUCGACGCCGUCACACUCGCGCAUAGAGCUGGGGCUCGUCUUACGGCAAGAGGUCCGGUGCCAGUCUCGUACUCCUGGAGGUUUGUGACAACCGCGCCGCAGACUUUCAAAUUCAAGCCAUUCAGUAUCUCGGACACGCGCGGUCUCGCACCAUACUCUGGCCCGCUGGACAUGACGAUCAGUCUGUUUCCCAAGCAGCUGAUGUCUCUCGCCUGGAUGCGUCAGCAAGAAAAGGGUGUUCCCUUUACGAUUGACGAAACUGAAGAAGCGGUCAUCCCUGCGCUGGGCUGGCGAGCUGAGGCACGGGCGCGCACUGAGCUGAUCGUUCGCGGCGGCAUUUGCGCUGACCAUCCCGGUUUCGGAAAGACGAUCACCAGUCUGGCACUUAUUGAUGCCGAGUUUCUUGAGCAAGGACAAAAGACUAUCUGUGAACAGUUGGAGGAGAAAUCGCAAGGCUUGCUCAGAACUGCCGCGACCCUCAUCAUCUGUCAGGCAUCACUGGUGCAGCAGUGGGUUGACGAAAUCCAGGAAAAGCUUCCAUCGUACAAGGGCCUCGUUCUGGCCAUCAAAACCCAAGGCGACCUUUCGAAGAGAACGGUCUCCGGAUUUGAGAAGGCUCGCAUUGUCGUGGUGAGUAACGCUGUGCUCGUCAACCCCUCGUACAUCGAACGACUUGCAACAUUCGGUGCCGUCCCCGCGCCAUUCACACUCAACAGUGGACGUCAGCUAUCACAGUGGCUCGAAUUCGCUGCCAACCAGAUUCCGGACCAUCUGAAGAUCUGGCACGAGCAAGGACUGCCAACACUGCGUAAGCAUAUCAAGUCCAAGUACGCCGAGAGAAUCAAGGAUUCGGAAUUCAACUCUUACGUGCCGUCGAAGCGCCUCAAGGGCCAGGCAUACGUAAAUGGCAAGGCAAAAAAGCAUUGUGCUGCGCUAGAGAAGAGCGUCGCGAACGACACCAUUUCUACCGACAGCGUCGACGGUGCUCUUCUUCAGCUUUUCUACUGGAACCGCAUCAUCGUGGACGAAUUUCACCAGAACGACCCCAAGAUUGCAGCCGUCAUCAACUCGCUGAAAGCUGAGAAGCGAUGGGGACUGUCCGCGACGCCACAAUUGGAAGAUUUCUAUGAGCUCGCACAGAUUGGCGCUCUGCUAAACGUGCCGCUACCGAUCGGGAGUGACUCUCGAGGACUGAUGAAGAAGAGCAGUGUUAGGGAGUUGAGGAAAGACAUGACCAGCUUCGAGUUGUUCGAUGCGAUGCGGCAGACGGCCACCCAUUCUAUGCACCAUCGGAUCUACGCAAUGGACCAGAGAUUCCUCGAUACCUUCGUGCGGAGAAACCUCAUGGCCGGGGCUGAGUUUCCAAUUCAGCAGCAUCUUGUCCCAGUGACAUUGGACCUUGACCAUCGAGCGCUAUUCGCUGAACUCUGCCAGCAUCUCAACUCGUUAGCUAUGAAGAUCAGGAAGGGAAAAGGCGCCUCAGACCGUGAGGUGCGUUUCAGAGAAGCAGUAUCGUCUUCCUCCACGGCAGAAGAAGCGCUCUCUAAAGUUGCUGCCUACUCUGAUCGAUCGACGAUCGGGUCUCGAGACCUUGGGUUGCAGAGUAUUGUCAACGAUCGUUUAGCCAAGUACGACGACAUCCUCGAGCACCAGAUUCCCGUCGCAGUUGCCCAAGCUAAAGGCACGGAAGAAGACAUCUUCGCGAAGUGGCUGGAACGCCUCCAAGAUGGGGCACUCGGUGACCGCGAUUUGAUCAACACGAUUCUUCCCAUUGCCAAGCGCGAGAAAGGCGUCAAGGUCAAGAAGAGCGCUGCCGCCACGAUCGAUGAAGACGGCAACAAAGUUAAGGGACAGGGUCAACGAGCGCUCACGGCCGACCUCAAUGCCAAAUGCGAGCAGCUGUUGGUUGAGAAGCGCUCAGCACGCUACAUCGAGAAUCUGCUGAGAGUAUCUACGUCCGAAAAGCCUCAGCUGCUAUGCGAGCGAGAUGACUGCAGCCAGAAGUGCUCGAAGCUCGCCGUGUCGGCACUCUGCGGUCACAAGGUCUGCCACGAUUGCUACAAGGACAUGAAGGCGCACGAGAUCAUCAAGUGUCCCGGCGACGGCUGCAGCGCUCCGAUGAUGGACUUUCAUCUUCUAUGGCCAGGACAACAGUCAUCUACCAUCACAAAGUACGGCGGCAAGAUUGAAGCCGCCCUCAAACUGCUCGCCAAGAUCCAGCAAAAGGGCGAGCAAGCAGUCCUCUUUGUGCAAUUUGCCAACCAGCUCGAUGAAGUGGAGUACGCCCUGAACGAGACGGACAUCUCCGCCGUCGUCGUCAAGACUACCGCGCAAGCCGGGAACCAGAUCAAGGACUUCCGUGAAUCCGACGGCAAGAAGAAGAAGACCGUCAUCGUGCUCAACGCCUCGGACGAGACCGCGGCAGGCAUCAACCUGCAGAACGCAAACCACGUCAUCUUCCUCUCUCCACUGCUUCGGGAGACUCAGUACGGCUACGACUCCACGAUGGCGCAGGCGAUCGGCCGGGUGCGUCGUCACGGCCAGACGCGGGAGAUUCACGUCUACCGCAUCUUCGCGACUCACACGGUCGAUGUGGACAUUCUGGAG